AUAUUUGUUAUUCCGUGAAGCACAAGUAUGUGGAGAUCUAUGCAUCCACUCUUUAAUAUUUUUCACAAUAUUCUACUGGUUAUUUUUUAAAACAUUUUUCUACUGAAAGGCAGCUUUACCGAAAAACGAAUGUCUAUUGUACAAGUAAACAUUACUUCAGGGAAUGCUUAAACAUGAACCAUUUUUGCAUGGCAGAAAGAUGAAAAUAAUCAAAGAAAUUGUAAAUCUUGUGUUGUUUUACAGAUGUUGUAUUGCAUUUUUGUGGUUGAUGCAUUUAAUGUACAUAUUUUUUGUAGAUGUAAUUAGUUGAACAUUCCUGAAAACAAAUUCCUGAUAAUUUCUUUAUGAAUCAUAUGUUGAAUGUAAAACACACUAGUUUUAGUUUUAAGUAUGAGAUCAAAAAGUAAUAGAGGUAGUGAAGUUAAUGGAAUUUUCUAUUAAUUAAAAUGUAGCUGUAGUCAAUGUAUUAUUAUGUGCCUUAAUAUCAAACAGUUAUUUUCAGGUCAUUCAAUAAAGAAAACAAAAUUUUAUAUGAAGUAGAAAACAUAAUUUGUUCAAUCACUACAGGCCUUUAUUUUCAUGUUCUGUUCAUAAAGAAAAUAUUUCCAUCUAUGCAGAGUAAAUUAAAAGUAGAAGUAAACAAAAGCAAUUGACUGCCAAAAGAUGAUAGAUAUUCUGCAACUCUCCUCAAUAACUGGUUGCAUUGUAAUGUAAUUUUGUUCAAAAACAUAUACAUACAAUUGGAAUGAGUGCAUGCACAUUCUGUAACUUUUCAUGUGAGACCUCUUGAGGCAGUCAGCAUAUGAUGAGUAAUUUCUUGUUCCAGAACAAUUAUAGCCUGUGUAUAAUUAAAAGAAAUAGAACUUUGAGUGGUCUACAUCAUUUAUAUUGUGUAAGGAUUCAAAGGUAUUUCUAUAAUUUUCACCAGUACACAAUUUUAUUAUAUUAUAGUACUUGUAAAAAAUAUAUAAAUAUUCUAUUUUUAAUUUACAGAAAACAGAAUGAUUGUGCCAUUUUGACAAGAAUUGAAAAUAUUCAGACCUUGCCUAAUCUCAUUAUAUGUGUAUUGAAAAAGAGGACGAAUUUUGUUAUCUAUUACGUUUGUAAUAUUUUCAUCUUUAAUGUGUUUCAUAUUUAUUAAAACAUUGAUAAAUUUCAAUUAAUUCAGAAAAAUUGUGUUUUCAAUUAAUUUUAUAUAAUGGUUAAUGCAAAAAUUGUUGAAUUCCCAGAAAUUUUGUUAUUCUAAAACACUGGUUACAUUAGAGAAAUAGAUAUACUAAUUGAUUAACAUAAAAAAGACUGUUUUAUCUAAAACCCCUACCUUUGGAAAAAUUUGAGUUAUUUGCCAUUUUUCUAUGCAAACAAUUUUACAAAAUUAAUUUAUUAGGGAUCAAUAAUAUUUAAAGAAAGAAAAUUUAUAUUCUAUUCUUUUCUGUCUUAUUACAAAGGAAGGCGAAGGUAUUACGAAAAUAUAAUGACUAGGCUUUAAAUCUGAGGAGAUUUUAUCUUUGAAACUUGCAUUUGUCCCUAGGAUACAAUUUUCAACACUAUGUUGUAAUGUAUAUUGUAUAAAUAUUAAUUAAAUUUGAGUGUUUAACAAUUUAAUAUCUACAGAAAAACAUGUUUAAUUAAAAUUGAUCUGCAUAAGUUACAUGUCAGAAUAUGACAGCUAAUAAUGCUAUUUUCAAUGUUAUUUUUUAUAGUAGAGAUUAUGUUUCUUAAUAUACCGAAAUUGGUGCAAAAUCUGCUACUUGAUGAUUUAUUAAUGAAAUAAAAGUGAAACUGCCAAGGCCCAAUUGCCAAAUUGCAUAGUGCAUGUUUGGAUAAUUAAUAUUUAAUGGGUUACGGCCACAAAGCCAUGUAGCUCCUCCAUUACAAGAAAUCUCAAAAUUAAGCAGUUCUGUACAUAAUUAAGAGUGAACCAACAAUGGAUCAUUGUUACACCUCCUGCCUUAUAAAUUUAAUAUUUUUAACAGUGG